AACGCGCAACGAUGGUCCUUUGCGGAGAAAUGCCCGACGACCGUCACGACACCAGCCGCGAAACACUUCACGUUUAGAGCCUAGGACGAAUAUUCCUAGAGAGGGACUUGCCCUCAGAUUCGAGAACAUGGCUUCGGUCUCAACCCCCGAAGAAUCGGAAAGCAGUAUCAUUACCGAAGACGACUUUAGUGAGAACGAGACAUCGAGCAGUGAAGAGGAUACGGCCCUGAGAGACCCCCCGCUUUUACAGCCCAACCACUUUGUGAUGCAUCCAGUGGACGUCGAGGGCAACAGACUCUCAUUUCAGGUGCAGACCAAGCCUUCAAGCAGUAUCAUCGCACCCAGCGAAGAAUCUGAUACUCCAGAAAAUAAGGAAGUGGUGAGAGCGGAGAAGAAGGAGCCGGGAGACAAUAACCUGCAGAUACGGAGAAUCAUCAGAGCAACGGCGAUCGAUUCUGAAGCCCAGAACAUGCUUACAAUUCACACUCUACCGACUCUGGCGAGCCCUCGAUUACGAGCAAGCGUAGCAACGACAUGGUACCACCUCAAUGGUAAUCAUCUCGACUUUGACCGCUUCGAAACCGUCUGCCUCACCAUCCCACACUUGUCUGACCGCCUACAGACCCUCACCCGUGAGAUUUUAGGGAAAUUGCGAGGCAAAAAGAUCAAGUCAUUUGUAGGUGGUAGAUACAUCGAGCCUGGGACUGUUCUUCGAGCCGAUGAAUCCGAUCCAACAGACUCUCAGCCUGUGAUCUUCAGCUACGUGCCUUACUUCAGCCUCCAACAAGUCGCAAGGCCUACGCCUGGGCAGGAAGAUUCGCUAUUCCCUCCACGUACCUUGAUGCAGGCUUUAUAUCCGUAUGAAUCCGUUCGUGAGCGAGAUGAUGAACAGUCGUACAGGAGAUUUGGCAACGAUCCGAUAAAUAACAUCGUCCAUGUCCCCAGCCUUUGGAUCAUGAACAUUGGAUCAACUGCUGUUGUGACCUACGGACACCAACCUCUGCCUAUAGCGUUGAAAAAUUCGAUCAGCAUUGUUGAAGAAGAUAUUAGGCCUCUUGGCAAGCAAGGCAUCACCGAGAACACUCUGACCAAGGUCCACAUUACCGACCGGGACGGAAGCAGCCUGAUAUAUCCAAUCGGUGAUUUCAGAUCCUAUUUCCAGCUGGAAUCGCGAAUUCUUCACAGCGAUCCGUCUCUCGAGGGGGGCCUUGCUGGCGAAGGAAUUAACUUGAAAGUCGAAAAUCUGGAUGGAGGCACUACGGCCGGCGCCGGGAACUGGAAAAACAUCAUCUCUCGAGCAGCACAGCUAGUCUCGAUUACCAUCACGAUUCCAUACGACCAGAUACGUGACGGACGAGAUGAAGAAGCUUCAACCGCGGAACCAGCGGCGGUCGGUCCCCCUACGUGUGUUCCACCCUUCUUUCACUGGCCGCAGUCUAAAACCAACGAUCUUUCCCAUAGAAGUGGGAAGCCAGUAGUACUCGGUAUCACCGGGAAAGACCGAUCAAUCGUAUGCCUGGAGUACGUGGAGAAGGUUAUGACGUCGAGGUAUCUCGCUCGUUCAACCAGUCCUGUAGAAGAUGCUUUCACUUCAACCAACUACUACUACUCCUUGCCUGAGACGGUAUGUGAAGGCGUUUCAACGCGACUGUCCGAAUUACAGGAGCUGGUCAAAGCAACGCCUCUACCGGAUUUGGGUUCCAUAAACCACAACAUGAUUGUCACCACUCAUUGUCGUAAGAUUCUGAUAAGAUCAGUCGAGUUUCUCGAUACUGUCCGCAAGACCUUGGGUCUCUUCGUCGAUGAUCUGGAUAGUAGCACCAUACUCCGAAAGCUAUCGAGCGCACUGCAAAACAUCCAUCAGCAAGUAACGACCAUUGAACAACGUGAAGCGGUUGAGCCUUACUCCGAGGAAUACACGAACUCUGAUUGGAAACACCCCGACAUGCUAAAUAACUGUAUCUGGUCCAUUCGCACCUCCGCUUGGGAAGUUCCAUCGUCACUCCCAGAACCUAGGAAAACACUGCAAAGGUCGAUUGAGCGUUGUGGAAGAUAUAGACGCCCAUUCAGAAGCGCAACAUCUGCAAUGACACAUCUUGUGAGACAUGUGGAGAAAUAUUCGACUGGAACUGCGCAUCCUGACGCUGAAAUACCGAGUUUCAAAGAACUGCAAGACUGGAUAAUCAACUCCGUACAAUACCGGCGCGAACUGACGAAUGCUAGCGCUCUAGUUAUUCUCACUCAUGCCAGUAAGAUCGCCAAAGACUUUUUAGUUCGAGCCAAAGAGCUCGCCGAGGGUGUUCAGAAUGAGGACGGACACUUGUCUUCAUCAUAUAAGCUGCCGCAAGAACUGAUUCAUGCAUUUCAAAAGAUUGUGAUCUACUACCUGGCGAUCGAGCGAGCUUUGCACGAGAAUGAAAAGGCGUAUGGACUUGACCCUUCGUUCCAGAGCUCUCGCAGGCUUACAAAAGAUCCAUACUCGUUAAGAGAUGUUGAAGUACUCAAACGCUUUGGCUACCACGCGCGACGGUCGCUGCGCAAAGCUCGGUUUCUGUUAUGCGAUAUGGUCAGACCCGAGUCACCACCGAGCCUUCGCAAGCAUCUUUCCCUGGGACCAGAAUAUGUGUCUCUAUGGUUAAUGAGAAGCUUAUUGACGGAGCCUCUCGAGCGGUCCAAAACUAUCGGCGACAUGUAUCAUGUGUACAUCUCCAAAGUUCAAUUCGAAAUCAAUCACAGGCCAAGUAAGCGUCUUCUGCGCGCCAUUAACUUGAUUCAAGAAGAGUUGCAAGUCUUACAAUUAGUAAACGUCUGGCAAACUAAUCUGGUACGAAACUACAUGGCAGUCAUCGAUGACAGCACAUACGAGAAGAUAAUACCAUCUCGUCAGGCCAUGUAUCCUUAUGAGAACGCUCUGGGUAGGGCCUGCCUAGAUCACCUUUGCCUAGUUCGGCAAGACUACGCUGACUUAAUCCGACGUUGUGCCCCGCUCUCCGAUCGCACGAAACAAAUCUUGGAGAUCAACGAGGAAGAUCACGGAAAGGCUAUCAUGGUCUUCACCGUCGUUACAGUCGUCUUUUUGCCACUGUCAUUCGUUACAAGCUACUUUGGUAUGAAUGCCUGACAUUAGAGACAUGGACGAAACUCAGGCUGUCUUCUGGAGCGUUGCCAUACCACUGACAUGCGUGACGGUGGGCUCUUGCUUACUGAU